AUGGAUGUUGUUGAGCCGGCCGGCGAUAGAGAGUUGAAGUAUUUUGACCUAUUAUUGCCUUUACCUUACAGAGUCGCCCUGAGUCUAGUACUAGGUACGAAAGGCGGAGAGGUCUUUGCGGAGCAUCAACUAAUUGAAACUGGUCUAGGCAUCUGGGCAUGGGGCGCGAAUCUGCAAUAUCUCUCCCAUCUCAAGAUUGAUGUGCCCUCACUGAUCCGUCAUCAACACGGCAUAUCCCCACGAUCUAGUCUGUCGGAUUACCUGUCGACGUAUCGCUUGGCUCUUGUCGUCUCGAUUCCCCUCCUCUUCUCUCUCAUUCUCUUCUGGCCUCUCACACAUCUCAAGGCGACACUCGUUCUCUACUACAACUUCUUCCCCAUGGUAUACCUUGGCUUUGUCGUCGGCGUCUUUUGCCUGCCCGCUCGGGGCCUUGCUGCGUCGGGUCGCUCCCAAUUUUUGAGCAUGCUCCGUCGCAUAUCCAUCGGUGGGCUCGCGCUAUCAAAGAAUAUGAAAUUUGCCGACAUCCUUCUGGCAGACGUGCUCACCUCCUACUCAAAGGUCUUGAGUGAUUUCUUUGCGGCUAUAUGGGCCCUGGCUUCUAGCACUCUUGGUACGGGGGACGCCUCUGCUUGCGCGGGUCGAACUCUAGUACCGCUGAUUACGGCUAUACCCCCACUCAUACGAUUCCGACAAUGCCUCACGGAAUAUCUACGCCUGCGCGCCUCGGGUGGGCCUGGUAGCGGCGGCCAACACUUGGCAAACGCUUUGAAAUACGCCUCGGCCUUUCCGAUCAUAUUUCUCACGCCUCCACCACUGGGCCAGCAGGCUGAGACGCUCGAGGAGGGGAGUCCGGCACGGAAACUACUAUCUUCGAGCUGGCUGCUCGCCGUUGUACUCAACUCGCUCUACUCCUUUUACUGGGAUGUGGCUAGGGACUGGGACUUGACUCUCUUCUCAUCCCUCGCCCAAAGCGUGCGCACACUCCGGCCGCUCUCCAGGCGCAGUCAAACACAGGCUAGACAGGGUCCGUCUUUUCCCUUUGGACUCCGGUCACAACGAUGGUUUCCCCGCGCGGGCUUUUAUUACUCUGCCAUCCUACUAGAUCUGUUCUUGCGGUUUACGUGGAUACUAAAGGUCAGUCCCUACUCGGAAUAUUUUGGUACGGUGGAGAGCGGCAUGAUGCUUCUCGUCUGGGCAGAAAUCUUUCGGCGGUGGAUAUGGCUUUUUCUCCGAUUGGAGACGGAGUGGAUUAGACGUGCUGCGGAUCGCGUGCAUGAAGCCCUCGACGCAACGGAGCUCGAGGGGGAAGAAGUGACGUCUCGGGGCUACGUAUGA